UCUUGAGUCAUAUUGCCAUUCUUCUAGGACCUCUCAAAAUCUCGAGAAUAUUAUAUACAAUGCUUCGUCUAUGUUGCACGCUAGUGUUCCUUCUGGGCCUAGGCCACGCCUCUCAAAUCUUCAGCAACAAAGGCACCACUCAGGGUUGGAGCCACAUCAAUCAAGAGAACAAAGGGACCGUUCAGCAAGUUAGCAACGUCUUUAUUGAAAGUCCCUCUGCCAUCAAGUGUACCCAGGUUUAUGACCCCAGUUACGCUGGAAGAUAUCAUUCCGACCUUCGCAAGGACAACAUUUACCGUAACGGCGACACCGGCUUUUACGGCUUUGCAUUUCGGCUCCAAGAGGACUGGGAUUUUAGUGGCGAUCAGAGCUACAACAUAGCGCAGUUUAUAGCUGAUUUUACCGACUCGGGCUGCGACGACUGGAUGCCUACGACAAUGAUCUGGUUACAAGGCAAUCAACUGUACACUCGCGUUAAACAUGGCACUGUGUGCCCAAAAGCAGCUCAGCUGCUUACCGUUUUCCCAAAGGUGGCCACAGUAAGCGCUGGUCAAUGGCACAAGAUCGUCGUCCAUUCAAGCUGGAAGUCGGACAACACCGGGUUCUUCAAAUUAUGGUUUGACGGCGUCAAAGUCCUCGAGCAAUUUAAUAUUCCGACGACCAUCGACAACAAUCGAGCUUUCGGCUUUAGUAUAGGGCUUUAUGCGAAUGCAUGGGGUGAUGAAGGCCGCAUGGAAGGGUCUCAGGGUACAAGACAAGUAUGGUUCGAUGAAAUCGGCGUUGGUAGCGCUUUCGCAGAUGCAGAUCUGGACCAAUGGUGA